CUUCGGAUCUCCCUAACAUGAGGAUGGGGACCAUGGUGCCUGGCACCCUCCUGAUCCUCCUGGCUGCCUCACCAGGCCAGACCCAGACCUGCGCAGGCUCACACUCGCUGAGGUACUUCUACACCGCCUUGUCCCGACCUGCAAUCAGCGAACCAUGGUACAUUGCUGUGGGCUACCUGGAUGACACUCAGUUCGUGCGCUUCGAAAGCGCAGGGGAGACUGCGACAUAUAAGCUCCGUGUGCCAUGGGUGGAGCAAGAGGGGCCCGAGUAUUGGGCGAGAGAGACAGAGAUCGUCACAAGCAAUGCACAGUUUUUCCGCGAGAAUCUACAGACUAUGCUGGACUACUACAACCUGAGCCAAAAUGGCUCUCACACCAUCCAGGUGAUGUAUGGCUGUGAGGUGGAGGUCGGGAGCAUCUUCCGCGCUUAUGAGCAACAUGGCUAUGAUGGCCGCGAUUACAUCGCCCUCAAUGAAGAUCUGAAAACGUGGACAGCAGAGGACAUGGCAGCAGAGAUCACCAGAAGCAAGUGGGAGCGGGCUGGUUAUACAGAGCUCCGUAGGACCUACUUGGAGGGUCCAUGCAAGGAUUCGCUGCUCAGAUACCUGAUGAACAGAAAAAAGACACAGGAGUGCACAGAUCCUCCAAAAACACAUGUGACCCAUCACCCCAGGCCUGAAGGUGAUGUCACCCUGAGAUGCUGGGCCCUGGGCUUCUACCCUGCUGACAUCACCCUGACCUGGCAGUUGAAUGGGGAGGAACUGAUUCAGGACACGGAGCUUGUGGAGACCAGGCCUGCAGGGGAUGGGACCUUCCAGAAGUGGGCAGCUGUGGUGGUGCCUUCUGGGGAAGAGCAGAAAUACACAUGUCAUGUGUACCAUAAGGGGCUGCCUGAGCCUCUCACCCUGAGAUGGGAGCCUCCUCAGUCCAGUAUGCCCAACAGAACCACUGUUCUUGCUGUCCUUGGAGCUAUGGUCAUCUUAGGUUUUAUGAGCGGAAGUGUUAUGAUGUGGAUGAUAAAGGACAAAGGUAGAAACAGAGAUGAAAUCACUGCUGCAUUUCAGAAUGAGAGGGAACAGUUGUCCCUGAGCACUCGAGUUGAAUCUGAGGCACUCGGGGUCGAAUAUGGGCUGAAGGUUCGUCAUUCAGCCUCACCAUUGGUCUCCUGACAGUGUCUUGUUACUUCUUCUACUGCAGGCAAGGACAGCUUCUGUCUUGUAUCUGGAGAUUGAAAAGGUGACACCUGGGAGCCUGGGAUUGGGGCUGAGGCAAACUGGAAAGGACUGGGUCACUGGGCCUUUCAUAUUUAAACCUUUGAAUGAGAGGAAGGCCUUUGAGAUGUUUUCACAUUGACUGCCCUGACUCUUGUUCUUCAUCUUGGGACAGCUGCCACAUAGGACCAAUUCACAAGUCCUGACUUCUGAACAGUGAAAUCACUUUGGACAGCAGUGUCUGGCAUUUUAUGCUUUUGACUAUGCAUACAAUGGGAAAAUCUGGAGAGCACAGUCUGCCCCUGCACACCAAGACUCAGACCCUACAUUAGCUGUCAUCCCUUGCACAGCAGACCUUCCUGGACCACAUGCAUUGGGGGCCAUGUUCAUCCUGUCAGCUCCAUGCUGUCCUGAGCGUGUGUCUCCUCACACGCCACAGUGUGUCUCCUCAUUUCCACACUGAACAUGAGAAUCUGAAUGUGGAUGUCAGGCAGUGGUGGCACAGGCCAUUGAUCCUAGCACUUGGGAGGCAGAGGCAGGCAGAUUUCUGAGUUUGAGGCCAGCCUGGUCUUCAGAGUGAGUUCCAGGACAGCCAGGGCUACACAGAGAAACUCUAUCUUGAAAAAACAACCAAAAGAGAGAGAGAGAAAAAAUAAUAAUAUGAAUGUGGAGGCUGGAGAGAUGGCUCAGUGGUAAGUAAGAGCACUGAGUGCUCUUCCAGAGGUCCUGAGUUCAAUCCCCAGCAACCACAUGGUGGCUCAAAGCCAUAUGCAAUAGCAUCCAAUGCCUUCUGGUGUGUUGGAAGACACCUACAGUGUACUCACCUACAUGAAAUGAAUAAAUCUUAAGAAAAGAAUGUGAGUAUGAACUCCUUGACCUGAGCAGUUCAAUUGUGGGUAAAUUUAAGGAUUGAGAAUAUCUGAGUAUUGUGGAGGAAAUAAAUGGCAGCAUGGAGGACUUCC